GAGAGAAGCAGGAACCUGUCCCCGGGCAUCCCGGUGAACAUCUGAGCUUUGGAGACGCAGGAACCAGCAAACCACGGCGACCUCCUCCGCCCCGGGCGGCUGGGCGAUCGGAGGGAGGGAGGGAGGAAGGAAAUGAGCGCGACCCGGCCGCAGGCAGAGCCCGGCGACCUGCGCGCGCCAGGGGCCCGGGCCCCACCCGAGGGCUGCGCCCAGGGCCCGGGCUCGGGCCCGAGCCUGGGCCAGGGCGAGGGGUGGUCGCGGGGAGACGCUCCCGACACCUGCCAGCACCCAGGAGCCCGGGAGGCUCGGAAGGCAACGUCGGAGGGCGCGCGCCCAAGUCCCCACAGGGCCGUCAGGGCACAGGCCGAGCGGGCCCACCGACCCCCGGGGCCCGCCGCGCCCCGGCCCCGCGCGCAAACCCGCCCGCCGCGCCUCAGGCCCAGAAUGGCCAGCCCGAACUCCAGCCGGACCUCGGCGCCGACGGACGGACGAGGGGCGGCCUCUCAGCGUGGGGGGCGGCGGCGCAACUGUCCCCUCAGCCCACGGGCCGCGCGCGCGGGGCUGCCACCAGCACUCACCUGCCCGCUUCUCCUCCUCGCAACGGCGGCGCCACACUCCGGCCCGGACCCCACCGUCCGCCUCAACCAACCCCCCAGGCGGCGGUGGCGGUAGCGGCGGCGGCGGCGGCCGGACGGGAGGGGCGGGACGGCGGCCUGAGACGGCCCCGCCACCACGGCCCAACCCGGCUCCGCCCGCCCCCGGACCCCGCCCCCGGGCCACCGCCACCACCGCUCAUUGGCCCGCGCCUCGCACGCCUGGGCGCGGCCCCGCCCCACCACCCAGGCGCCGUUCCGCUCGGAUUCCGCUCAGCCAUUGGGCGGAUGGCUCGGGGGGCGAAUGCUGCCGGCCGAAACGCUGCCAGCCCCAAGGACGCAAUUGGCUGGAUUUCACCCACGCCCGGACUAUGA